AUGUUUAUUUUUCUUUUAAUUCUUGCUGGCCUUAUAUUGGCAAUUAAUUAUUCAAAACAAAAUAUUGGAUUAUUUAAAUAUAUAAUUUUGGGUUUAGUUGCUUUGGUUACUCUUUUCUUCUUUUAUCGUUUCAUUUAUUAUUAUUGGAGAUUGAAGAUUAGCCAAGUUGGUUUUUUUUAA